AUGUACCGGUCAAUUUUGCUUCUAGCCGCGCUGGUCAUGGUAAUCGUUGAAUCUUUGCCAGUAAAACCAAUCUACCGAAGUGAUGUUCAGUUAGUUCCCGUCAAACAACAAGGAGUUGUUCGAGCCAGGGAACAACCGCACAAUCUGGGUGAAAUUGAAAGUGAACUAGAGGUGGACCAAAAGGACUUUCAUACCUACCCAAAGUACAAGUACGAAUACGGUGUCAAAGAUCCGCUAACCGGCGACCACAAAAGUCAGUGGGAAAUGCGCGAUGGAGACAUCGUGAAAGGAUCGUACACGCUGGAUGAGCCCGAUGGUUCACAGCGGAUUGUGGAAUAUCGAGCAGAUGAUCGUAACGGAUUUGAGGCGAUCGUUAAAACCAUAAAACGUCCUCACAGUAGCAGUCAGCUUCUAAGAGAUGGGGAACAGACCCAAUUGAAUGGUCAGAGUGACAAGCAACAAUACGUAGGUCGAAGUUAUACGAAAAUUACGCGAUACAACUGA